AUGGCGACGCGGGAGGGCGUCUCGGGCGCGCCUACGCUGAAGGCGGCGCCCGUCGGAUGCUCGAAUGCCGUCUGUGGGCUGGUCACGGCUAGUGAGCCCGUCGCCGGCAAGAAGGUGCGGCUGACUGUGGACGUUGGAGAGGAGCAGCCUCUGACGGUGCUAUCGGCCGCGUCGGUCGACACAGGUGCGCGGAUCAUUGUUGCGCUGGUGGGCUCCUCGAUAGGGGAUACCGAGGUGACGAUCCCAACCAUCUGUGACGCUGCGAUGCUCGGGUGGGACGGACGGGGCGCCUCCGGGCCCGCGACCCUGCCAAAGGCGUUCAGCCCAGGAGACGCGGCUCCGUCCGAGAGACCGAAGGCUGGGCGUGCGGCAGCCGCCGAGGUGGACAAGUUGGGCAACGUCGUCGAUGGCGCCGGCGUCGACGCGCUGUUUGUGUCCAAGCCCAAGCUGUCCAAGGCGGAGAAGGAGAUGGCCAAGCUCGAGAAGGCGGCGGCCAAAGGCGACACGAAGGCCGCCACAAAGCUGCAGCAUUUGCGCCUCCGGCAGGAGAUCGAGGCGAGGCGCGCUGCCGGCGAGGAGGUGUACACAGACGAAGAGCUGGAGAAGGCGGGUCUAGAAACUCCCUGA